ACGAGCCAGUCACUUCUCAGUCACAUCGCGCCGGCUAUAAGACGCUGAGCGUUCGCGGGUCUUUCGUAAACAGAACGUAAACUAUCGAUAAAAAGGAAUUCCCAUUGUGAUGUUAAUACGUAAAAAGUGUAUAUAUAAAAAGAGCGUAGUGUACAUAUUUUCAGUCUUGUUGUGAAGCAAUGGAGAACAUGUCUCUUCCGGGUUCUUUUUUAAUUUCAUACUAUGUGGAGAGCUUUUGGGGUUCACCAAGGCCGUUGGUUGAUUGGUCAGGGGUACCAACAUUCAUAUUAGCGGUGUUGGCGGUGGUCAUGGCAGCCACGGCGAUGAUAGUGAGGCCGCCAGAUAUGAAGCUGCCCAUACGACUUCCCGGUCCUCCAGCACUACCGAUAAUUGGCACCCGUUGGUUAUUUUGGAGUCGAUAUAAGUUGAACAAACUCCACGAGGCCUAUGAAGAUAUGUUCAGGCGUUACGGGUUGGUGUUCGUGGAGGUGAUGCCAGGGGGAGCUCCUCUAGUGUCCAUAGCGGAGAGGGGGGCAUUGGAGGCAGUACUACGCACACCGGCAAAGAGGCCUUACCGACCCCCUACGGAAAUCGUGCAAGUGUAUAGAAAAAGUCGACCUGACAGAUACGCGUCCACUGGAUUGGUGAAUGAGCAAGGGGAGAAAUGGCAUCACUUACGCCGCCAUCUGACUUCCGAGCUAACGAGUCCACAGACUAUACAGGGGUUCAUUCCGCAAUUGAACAACAUUUGUGAUGAUUUUCUCGUACUUCUGAAGAACUGCCGUCGGCCCGAUGGUACUGUGCUUGGAUUCGAUCACCUUACGAACAGGAUGGGCUUAGAAUCGGUAUGUGGUCUUAUGUUAGGCGCAAGAUUGGGUUUCUUAGAGAGAUGCAUGUCGGGUCGGGCGGCAACACUUGCUGCAGCGGUGAAAGCCCACUUUAGGGCUCAAAGGGACUCCUACUACGGUGCGCCAUUAUGGAAGUUUGCACCUACCACGCUUUACAAGACGUUCGUUAGGAGCGAGGAAACUAUUCACACGAUAGUAUCGGAAUUAAUGGAGGAAGCGAAGUCAAGGACUCACGGCGCGGCGCAGGAUGACGGCAUGCAAGAGAUCUUCCUCAAGAUACUCGCAAACCCCGAACUAGACACAAGGGACAAAAAAGCCGCCGUCAUCGAUUUUAUCACAGCUGGCAUUGAGACCCUUGCUAACAGUUUGAUAUUUCUGCUGUAUCUACUGAGUGGAAGACCGGACUGGCAACAAAAAAUAAGAUCAGAGCUGCCAUCCUGUGGUGAUUUAACAAUAGAAGAAUUAGCUUUAGCGCCAUCUCUGAAAGCAGCGGCAAAUGAAGCGUUUCGAGUGUUGCCCACUGUACCGUUCUUGGCCAGACUUCUGGAGCAACCCGUGAAUAUUGACGGCCAUAGAAUACCAGCUGGGACAUUCGUCCUCGCGCACACGGUAACAGCGUGCAGGCGGGAGGAGAACUUCUGGCGCGCGAGCGAGUAUCUCCCCGAGCGGUGGAUCGACGUGCGCGAGCCGCACGCCGCCUCGCUCGUCGCGCCGUUCGGCCGCGGCAAGCGCAUGUGCCCCGGGAAGAGAUUCGUUGAGCUCGAGCUGCAUUUGUUACUAGCUAAGAUUUUGCAAAAUUGGCGGGUGGAGUUCGAAGGUGAAAUAGAUGUCCAGUUUGACUUCCUUCUAUCACCAAAGUCCCCAGUCACCCUAAGACUAGUAGAAUGGUAAACAAAAUCACAUUCCACUACGCUGCCUAAGUUUGUACUGAUAAUAAUUUAAGUAAUAGUUUUACAAAAAUUUAUUGUAUCAUUUUAAGACUUGGUAUUGGUUAUUUUACCAUUGCUAAUUCUAAAACAGCAAUUAUUCUUGUAAAAUAACUUUGGAGAUCGAGAAGGUCGUUAUGCUUUCACAUAUGUUAUAACAUGUACAAUUAAAUAUGUAUAGUCUUGAUUGCUUGAUGCUUCGUGUAAUACAAUAUUUCUCCCCGCAAGUUUAAAAAAGCAAAGUUUGUCAUAUGGCGAUAUAUCUCCAAAGUUAUUUCUUAUUAAAUUCCGACUCUGUUAAUGAUUGAAGAUGGAAAAUAUUCCGGUCAGUAGUUUGAGUCGACUACUUAAUAAAUAGUUCUAACCGACACGUUCCGAUACUUUUGUAAGUUACAACGACAAUAUAUUUAUCAAGACCAAUGAAUUUAUGUCUGUUAUAAUAAGUUAUAGAAGUAUGAAAACCAGUGAAAUACUUUAAGAAUUGCUGAUAAUGAUAUAAAAUAUUGAACUGAGUAUUGGAUGACAUUUUUCAGACAGUAUAAGAUAAGGGAUAAGGUUAAACGAUUUUGAUUCUGAAUGAUUUGACCUGUUUUUUAUUCCUAGGGUUAAAGUGAAACUUCUUGGAUUGUAAUAUAUCUACAAAAAUUCAUCAAUCGCAUAGUCAUAUUAAGAGAAUGUGAAAAUAAACCUGUAUGUAUAUGUGGUACAUACUAUAGGACAUUGCAUAUGUGUUUUCAGUGCACUGUGAUAUUUGUAAAUAAGUAACUUUGGUAAUUAAAAACAGGUUUAAAACGGAUGAUAAUGGUAAUAUUAUGACAAAGAUACUUCGUGGGCGAGUUUUUUCAGAAAGUAUGUUGCCAUCAAAGGUUGCCAUGAUGAAACUCGGAAGAAUAGGAAGACAAAGUGAUACAGGGUAUUGGCACAGUCUGCUCAAAUCGUAUACUUUUCUAUUAUCUAUUCAACUUUAUAGUUUAAGUACACUAACUAGCUUUUAAGAUUUACAACUACACAACGUAGUAAAAUAUGGCUGUGUUAAUAUCAAAAAUAAUAUUUAUAUAAUUAACCGUGAAUACCUCUAUAAGCACUGUACUGCGACAUCAGAAGAAUGCAUUUAUGAAUUGUCAAGUUAAAUUGAGCAGUGAAUCAAAUAUGUAGUUUUAAGAGUUUAGUAUACACCUAUUCCACCUUACUAUAUCGUAUUAAUAAUUUAAUGUGCAGCUUCACUAUGUUAACCAAACAUUAUAGAAGUGGCCAUUUCCUAAGUAUAAUUUAUUUAUGUUCGCCUAAUAUCGACAUUCAUGUUAUACAAACUUGUUAGAUUUUUAUGUACCUUAUGUUUAAAUGCUAAUUGUUGUUACGGAUAAAAAUAUGGUUAUUUACAUCCAUAUUAUUCUAAUGUACUCGAUGGGUUAUACUGAAAAUAAUGAGAAAAAGAUAUAAAGCUUG